AUGGUGCUUACUUGGUUUCCCGCAGGAGGGCCGCUGACCGCAGCGGCCCACUCCGCGUUCCAGUUUGCCCCGCUUCUCAUGGCGGCGGUGGCGCGUGAGCUAGCAGAUUCAGGUCACGAGGAAUACGACCUAGAAGACAUCGCUCUGUUGCCUGCUGAACCGCAUGCGCCGCCCGAAGGUUCAAUGGAUCCGGGCCCGGCAGGGGACCCUUACAGAACGGACGUUCAAGGCGGCGAUGCCAGCGCAGCCGGGGUGCUCUCCAGCCGGGAGAUGCCCCCGCAUCGCGUGGAGCUACAACGGCGGAAGGCACAGAGUCGCGAGAAGCGAAGCCGUCGGCGGGCGGAGAGCGCUUCGCCGUAUAGCGCGGCGCAACGGCCGCGCCUACCCCUUCUCAAGAAGCACAUCAUCGCUGCCCACCCUAUCGAGACCCCUCUCACUUCUCAAAACCUGCCCCAUACUAACGGUGCAUACACCGGGGGGCGGGAGGGACGCGCGGCGCGUCACCACUUCCGUUUGGAGGACUUGGUGGGUGCCGGAUCGCCCUUCGGAUUCGAGCUCGUUCCUUGGGAUGGACGCCCCAGCACGGUUCGGCCCAUAACUGACGGCGUCGGGCGCGUAAUUGCCGUUCUAUGCGGCGCUCCCAAUGACCCGGAGUGGCCUGACGUGCAUGCAGGUGCAGCUGCUGCGGUUGCUGCGGCCCGUGAGAGGCUGUCACUGACAGCCAAGGACCGUGCGCAUCGGCGCGGGGAUUUUGCUGCAUUGGCAAUGGGCAUAUCCUAUGGAGGGGGGCAGAAGCAUACACAUAUCAAGCGAAUGGCUGCCUUCGGUUCCAGUGUAUUCCGCACAUGGGCCCCGCGACUUUACGACUAUUAUGCGGCACACAUGCAGCCCCUGCUGGCACAGGAUCCGCGCCUCCGACCCAAUUUUGCACACAGCGUCUUUGCGUGCACCACGUUCAAUUUUGGACCUAGAACAUGCACCCUAGACCACCGUGAUUGUGGCAACCUGCCAUUUGGUUGGUGCGCCAUCUCCGCGCUGGGUGAUUUUGACCCUCAAAAGGGCGGUCACCUCGUGCUGUGGGAUCUGAAGCUCGUCAUAGAGUUUCCGCCAGGGUCGACUGUCAUGAUACCGUCGGCGACCCUUCGGCACUCAAACACUCAAGUCCAGGAGAAUGAGGAGCGGUUUUCCAUCACCCAGUACACUGCGGGUGGCAUUUUCCGGUGGGUCGAUCAAGGCCUCCAGCCCUCAGCAGCAUAUUACUCAAGCUUGGACAACAUUGAGCGGGAGGAGGCCAGGCGGCGUGCAGCUGCACGGUGGAUGGAGGGUAUGGCUCUUUUCUCAACCCUCGAUGAGCUGCAAACACAGGGCGUGUGA